GCUAUAGGCGCAUCAGCUGAUGAAGUGACACAUAACCACACAUAACCUUUUUCCUCCCCAAACAACGGGACAGCAUCAAGUGUCAACUUGUUCUCCAAACUACUUCGACAAUCAACAGAGCGAAAAUGCAUGGCCGUGUCAAAGUCCGCACAACAGCUGAACAGGAGGCGAUAAAAAAGGUGGAAAGAGCCAAGAAAGUUGGACAAUAUAAAGCUGCCAUCAAUUUAGUCAUUCAGAAGAGAAAAGAGAAAGUGUACGACGAUGAGCUCCUCCUGGUCAGUGAGAAAAUGGUACUGCAAAAUCCGGAUAUCAAUUCGGUCUGGAAUAUCAGGAGAGAAGCUUUUGAACAUCGACAAUGCUUCACGAAUGGAAUUUCGAUAAUUUACAGGAGCCAAGAAGAAUACGUAGGGCGUCUCAAAGCAGAGUUGACCCUAACUGAAAACUGCCUGCGCGAGAAUCCGAAGUCCUACAGUGUGUGGCAUCACCGAUGCUGGGUAAUCGAUCAUCUGCCAGAGCCAGACUGGAAAACAGAAUUGUCUCUCUGCGCUAAAUGUCUCAACCUGGACGAGCGAAAUUUUCACUGUUGGGAUUACAGACAACACCUAGUGAAGAAAGCUGGCAUUUCCGAUGCUGAAGAGUUCGAAUUCUCGACAACGAAAAUUUAUAACAAUUUUUCUAAUUAUUCCUCGUGGCAUUAUCGAAGCAAAAUCCUCUCGAAAAUGUUUCCUGAUCCAUCUGGAGAGUUACCGAUUGUAGCGGACAAACAUAAAGAAGAGUUGGAUUUAGUGAUGAAUGCGACAUUCACUGAUCCCAACGACUCCAGUGCUUGGUUCUACCAACGUUGGCUCCUGGACUAUUCAAAACCUCAGCCAAAUGCCUUAUGGCGAGUGAAAAUAACGGCAAGCAGAGGAAUAAUCAUCUUCCACGGGGAGACAUUCCUGAAACCCGCGGAUAUCCUCUUGACCAAAGACGCCAAUGAAGUAGAGACCACCUGGUCCUCCUACAACGACGAGAAAUUCUCGAAAAUCUGGACCACAACAUUCCCUGAGCCACUGGACCUUUCUUGCUUAGCCAUUUCAAUAAAAUACGAGAAUGAGGAGUACAAUCUUGUCAAGUCUGAUGACAUCUGGUUCUACAAAUCGUCCCACUCACCCAUAAAUAAGCACAACAAGGCCCAGUUGAAGGAGCAGAUGGAAAACUACAAACAGCUGAAUGAAAUGGAGCCGAAUAAUAAAUGGGCUGUUCUCACUGGGAUUUUCCUGAUGAAGAGUUACGAUCCCGUGGGGUAUCAUGAGAAGAUUUUGGAGGAUCUACGUGCCUUAAUUAAAAUCGACAGUCUCAGGGCGAAUUAUUAUUCUGAUAUGAGAAGUAAAUGCAUCAUGGAUUAUGAACUUCAUAAUCUCUGGAAAAACGAAAGCGAUACGGGGAUAAAUUCCACAAUAGACUUGUCAAAUCGAGAGCUGACGAUUCUCUACAACGAACAGUAUUUUAGUCUCUUUGAGGAGGUGAACCUGGGGGCCAAUCAACUGGGUAAUUCGCUGCAUCGUCUUGGAGCUCUGCAGGAGUGCAAAAAAUUGUCGUUAUCCAGCAACAGUUUGACUAGUCUCAAGAGCUUUCCGACGCUAAGCAGUCUGGAAGUUCUAUCUUUGCGAAACAAUGAACUGACGAGUUUAGACGAAAUUUCUGAUUUAAUUAAGAGACAUAAACUGAUUAAAAUCGACCUGCGGGACAAUCCACUUUGGGAGGAUUCUGUCAUUACCGCUGAACUUGCGAAGAAUAAUCCAGGUAUCGAAUUUGUUACUGACUGUUUUUCAUAAUGUGAAUGUACAGUGAUUAAUCAAAAUUUUUCAGAUUAAAAUUCAUUGCAAUUAAAUGAGCUUUUAUUGAC